AUGUGCGCAUUCAAACCCGACUGGGGCAAGCGCACAGGUGGUGCAUCUGGUCCUGGGACUCCUAAAUCCAAUCUAACUCCUACUGCUCCUUCAUUCACUCCUGGAAAACAACCUCAGCCUACUCCAGCGAGCCUCAGCAAGUCUUUCGAGAAACUCAGUCUUUCAUCAGGUGGGCAUUUGCUUGCGAACUACUUCGAGAUCAAAGUCGGAACGGUUUCAGAACUUUGGCGGUAUACCUUGAGUUUCCGGAAGCUGCGGAAGGGAGGUGAUGCCGCUACGCCGACCAAAGGAAAGGGCAAAGAGCAGCCAGCCCCAAAUCCAGCCGAGGACCGCGAUGAUGACGAUCCUGGUGUUGGGCGUGCCAAGAAGAGAAGAAUCGUGUGGCUAGUAAUGAACGCGUUGCAACAGUUCACGAAAAUUCCCAUGGCCACCGACUAUGGCACAGAGGUAAUCACUACCGGCGAGAUCCAUUUUCGAAACAAUUCACCUACACUCCAUAUCCGGUACUAUGAUGAAUACCAAGCUGGCCCACACCCGGAUUGUGAUGUCUUUGACGUUACUCUAUCAGAGCCUAUCAAACUCUCUAUCGGUGAACUGUUCAAGUUCCUCAGCACUGAUAACAGCGCCGUCACCGCAGAAAACUAUCAUCGGAAGGAAGAAACUAUCAAAGCCUUGAACACUGUCUUCAGCUACAGACCAUAUCGCCGUUGCUUCUCUUCGCGGGCCAAUCAAGGAACGAUGCAAGAUGCAAAGUUGACGACAGUGAAUGGACAGAGAUUCUAUGGAGUUGCACUCCGUCCUGGCAACCGGGUCGAGACUGAAACCGGAGACGCUAUCGUUGAGAAGAAUCUGGCCAGUGGUUUACAAGUAAUUCCAGGGUUUGCCAGAAGUGUCCGCGCCGUGCUCGCGCAGCAAGGUCGACUCUACCUUAACAUCAACACUUCUACGCAAGUCUUUUAUGAACUCGGAACGUCAAAGAGCCUUCAACAGCUGAUCAAUGCAUGGAAAAAGGGCAACUACGAGAACCUCCCUUGGUAUGACGUGCGACACCCGCUUGCCGGCUUCCUGAGAGGUCUACGGGUAAGGACAACUUAUCUCGGCCCUGACAAGGAUUUCAUUGCAAGAGUGAGCAAUAUUGCAACACCGCGUACUCCAAACCAAGAACCCUUUCCAGGAAAUUGCCAAAUGCUUCCGGCGAGACUACAGGGCAUUCAGAGUGUUUCCAACUACUUCCGUGAGAAUCAUCAGGACAUCUCAGGCAGAGUAAGUAAUGAUAUCGUUGUUGUUCUCGGCGAUGGCGAUUUCCGCAAGACCAUCCCAGCAGGCUGUCUUGAGGUCAUACCUGGCCAGAUGAAUCGCAAUAUUGCCGAAAAGCCCAGAGCUGGGAUCCGAGGCCCCGUUGAAAACAAGUCCCUGAUAAUACAAAAAGGCAAGGAGGUAUUCCUCGGACCCGGAAACAAAGAACCAGGCGCCAGCGAGUUUGGUCUUGGACUUGAACAAAACCUUGUCCGAGUGCCGGUGUUCAAGCUCAAGCAACCAACUGUAAGAUACGGGGUUCAAGCUUCGCAGUCGGGCAGCCAGUCAGAUCAAGUUGACUCUCAAUCGCUAAGGUACGGAUCGUGGAAUCUUGUGAGAAAAUCGUUCUUCAAGCCAGCCAAGGGAUUCAGAUGGACAUACGCUGAGCUUUGCCUUGAAGGUGGAACACCUGCCACGCAGAACGUCCGGGACACUUUUAAGGGGUCUUUUGGAGACCAACUGGGCAGCCUUGGCAUCAAGAAUUCAGAGUUCGUCCGCCAUCCCCAACGUCCAACGCAUAUCUAUCGAUUGCCGUGUACGCGCCUGCCAGCCCCUCAUGAACACAAUGCCAUCAAGCAGCUAGGCGAUGGAAUCAGAACUGUGCUUAGAGAUCUGAAAGAAAAUUGCCGCGUCCACCUUGCAGUUCUCCUUUUACCCCGGAAAGAUGUCGAGCUCUACAGUGCGAUCAAACAGAUCGGAGAUCAGGAAGUGGGAUUAUCAACCGUUUGCCAUGUGCUAUCGAGAGUUGGAUAUGGACCCACGGCUACGUUUGGACCCAAGACUACCCCUGACUUUCUUGGAAAUCUGGCCAUGAAGGCAAAUCUGAAGCUGGAUGUCUCGGCGGUAAAUCAAGCGCUCGACAGCAACGACAAAGGGCCAAUCCUGACCCCGACUACAAUGAUCAUCGGUAUCGACGUGACGCAUCCAGGUCUGGGGGCCAUGAAGGGAGCUCCGAGUGUAGCUGCGGUCGUGGGCAGUGUCGAUCCAGAGUUUUCUCAAUGGCCUGCAAGCUUGAAGGAGAACGUUGUAAGUCAGGCAACAGUUGACGACAAGGACAGAAAGAAAAAGGACAAAGAGUCCAAUGAAAGGGUCGUCAAUCUCCAUACGCUGGUCUAUGAACGCAUCCUCGACUAUUACACACGCAAUAAGAAAUUGCCUGACAAGAUCAUCGUCUAUAGAGAUGGUCUGUCCGAGGGUCAAUUUGAGAUGUGCAAGACGCAAGAGUUUCCUUCUAUCCAGGAGGGGGUUCGAAGAUUGCUCACACAGCUCAACCAGCCGCAAACAAAGCCCCCUCCAAUCAUCCUGAUCUGCGCCGUCAAACGCCACAACACUCGUCUGUUUCCAGAGACCGACAAGGAGAAUGAUGACCUGUUCAUCGGACGUGGCGGCAAAAGUGGUGGCGGCGGCCAAGGAGGCGGUCAAUACAGAGGCCGAGGCGACAGCAGGGGAAGUGGCAGAGGCAGAGGUCGAGGCAAUAGCAGUAAUAGAGGCAGAUUUGGCGAAGAUGGUUAUUCCAGCGGUGGUGACCGCGGUGGUCGCGGUCGCGGUCGUGGUGGAGGUGGCGGUGGUGGUGGCCCAGGUCCAUCAUCAGGCCCUCCUUACAACCACAACCCUCUUCCAGGCACACUGGUCAAUUCUCACAUCACAUACGGCGAAGGCCAGGACUUUUUCCUGAUCAGCCAGAAGGCCAUCCAGGGAACAGCCCGUCCCACACACUAUGUGAUUUUGCACAACGGGACGACCUUUGGUCGCGACCAAAUCGCCCAGAUGACGCACAAUUUGUGUUAUCUCUUCGGCAGGGCCACACGCUCGGUCGGAGUCUGUCCUGCCGCGUAUUAUGCCGACUUGGCUGCCGAUCGGGCUCGAUGUUACAUGCGCAGAAUCUACAGUCCUGGCAGUACGAAUCAACGUUUUGAUGCCGCCAUGGCGAACGUGAAUUUGAAGCUCCAUCCGGAUCUGGAGAAGACGAUGUUCUAUCUCUGA